AUGGCGCAUAAUUGCUUGAGAUUUGUAGGAAAAGUUGCAGUUUUAACAGGAUCUACAAAUGGCAUUGGACUAGCCAUUGCCAGAAGAUUAGGACAGGAAGGAGCAAAAGUAGUUGUGAGUUCCCGAAACAUUGAAAAUGUGAAUAAAGCCGUUGAAGAGCUUCGCAAAGAGAAUAUUGAAGUUAUCGGAGUGAAAUGCCAUGUAUCCAAUAAAGAAGAACGAGCAAAUUUACUACAAGAAGCGAUAAAAAAUUACAAUGGGAUUGAUCUAAUGGUCGCUGCAGCUGGAGUAAGUCCCUAUAUUGGGGAUAUGGUUGAAUGCCCUGAAAGUGCAUUCGAUAAGAUAUUUCAAGUCAACGUUAAGGAUACUUUUCUCUUAACGAAUGAAGUUAUUCCUUUUAUUAGGAAACAAGGAGGUGGAAGUAUUCUUUUUAUAUCUUCUGUGAUGGCUUACGAAAAUUCUCCUUAUAUUGGUCUCUAUGGAGCAUCGAAGUUAGCUCUAUCAUCAGCUACAAAAACUUUUGCAUGUGCCGUGAUUAAGGAUAAAAUUCGUGUAAAUUGCUUAGCCCCGGGACCGAUAGACACCAAUUUUAUGUCUAAAGUACAGAAAUACCCUCAAUACGAUUUUGCUAUGAAACAUCAAAUUCCAAUGGGAAGAAUGGGAUAUCCGGAGGAAGUGGGAGGACCAGCAGCAUUCCUACUCUCAGAUGAUGCAGGCUACAUCACAGGAGAGACUCUAAUGGUUGGUGGUGGCAUGCAGGCUCGUCUUUAA